AUGGCUAAGAAAGUCGAGGCUGAGGAAGACUGCAGGGAGGCAAAGUCUAUACUCAAGAUUGCAGCAUCGACAGCGCAAAAAGGCAGCGUAGAGGCUUGGAAACCAUGUCUCUCAACUCUUUUCUACUUGCUAAAAGUGAUUGUCACUGGAUACUGUUACAGAGCGAUAGACGAUGGCGGUCCCAGAAUCCACCGCGCCAACCUGGGCGCUCAAUAUUGA